GGGUGCAGUGCCGCUCCACAGCCGCAGGUGGCGCUGCAGCUUUUCCAGGCUGAAUGUUUCAGCUGCGGCGGAAGUCACAGCUGCAGUGUUCAAACUGAAUUUUCACAAAUAUUAAUAAUAUUUCAGAUUAUUAAUAAAGUUAAUGGCGGCGGAGGCGAACGGAACGGAGCUGCGGACGGAGGAGUGCUCGUACUCCUCAGCCCGACAGAAGCUGGAGAACCUCCUGAACAAGAGCAUGAGGAUCAGGAUGACGGACGGACGGACGUUGGUGGGGCUCUUCCUCUGCACUGACCGGGACUGUAACGUCAUCCUGGGCUCAGCUCAGGAGUUCCUCAAGUCCACAGACUCGUUCUCUCAAGGAGAGCCAAGGGUUCUGGGUUUGGCGAUGAUUCCUGGUCAUCACGUUGUGUCUAUAGAAGUUGAGUCAGAGAGUUUACAGCCUGCGCACGGACUCUGAGGAACCGACACGCAGAGGAUGAUGGGAAAUGUAGUUGAUGAUUGAUGUUCCUGCAGUGCAGGUGUUGGUGGACUUUACAGCGUGUUUACUGAGCGCACCUGAGCACAGGUGGACUUCACCUGAUCAGGAGAGCGUGAGGAACUGCUCUGAUGCACACGUGUGUGCGUGUGUGUGUGCGCGUGUGUGUGUGUGUGUGCGUGUGUGUGUGCGUGUGUGCGUGUGUGUGUGUGCGUG